AUGGAAGAAGACAAUAUCCCUGAAAAUAGUUACACAAAUUUGAAUGAUAAAAGUGAAAGCAAUGCGACAUUGAGCAGCGAGAAUGGAAAUGAAAUUGUUGAAGAAGAUUUGAAGAAAUUAUCGCCGAACUUUGUUGAGAAUCGAUUGGACAUAAAAGAGAAAUUGAACUUUUAUAAUUCUCAAUGCUUCUGUCACUCUACACAAAAAGUUUCCAAGGUUCUAAAAGUUAUAACUGAAGGAACUGAUUUUCUCAAUCUCGACGACUAUUGCAUUGCCACACUGCAAUGUAAAAUUAUGUUUGAUACUUUCAUAAUGAACCCAAUAACUCCUUUGAUUGUCAUAUCAUUGAAAAAUAAUCAAAUUGAACCAUUUGGUAUCGAUUCAUUGUCUGAAUUCGUGGCAAGAAGUGAAUCGUUGGAACAAUUGAUUCUAGAAAGUUCCAAAAUUGGAAGUGAAGGCGCCAAGAUUUUAUCAAGUGGAAUUUCCAUAUCAACCUCGAUUGUUUAUCUUAAUCUCGUUAACUGCAACAUUGAUGACAAUGGAGGAGAAAUUUUGAUCAAAUCUUUCACAACCAAUCACGUUUGUCAAGAAUUAAAUUUGUCGAAAAAUUUUCUAAGCUUCAAGACAGCACUCGCUUUUCAAGAUGUUUGUGAAGCUAACAAGUCACUUGUGAAACUUGAUUUAAGUCACAACUCAUUCUAUGAAGACAAUGCAAUUGACAUCUUGUUGAAAAGUUUACAAGGAAAUGAAACAGUUUCACAUCUGGAUUUAUCAUGGAACGGACUUGGUGGAGAAUCUUUCGCAAAAUCUCUUUUGAAAGCAAUAAAAUUGUCGAAACUCAGAAGUAUUAAACUUGAGUACAAUCGAAUGGGGAAGUUUGAAAUAAAAAAGUUAGCUGUGGGCGUGAGAAAAUCAGAGACAAUUGAAGAAGUCUACAUUGGUGGCAAUUUGCUGUCCAAAGAGAAUGAUUCGCUUUUAAUCAACGUCUUCCAGUCUGACUCUCCUUUAAACAUGAUAUCGUAUGGGCGUUGGUAUCAUUUGUCAAGAGACGCUUACAGUCUACUGCAAGACAUUCGAUGGUUCAAACCAUCUAUCAAAGUCAUCUUUAAAGACGUGAUUUUGCCAAAUCCACCUAAAGAUGUCAACAUGCUCGACAUUUACGCCGAUCGUGCGAAAUUUCUUGCAAUGUCACCAAAGAAAAAGAAACUGCAGAAGGAUUUUGGCGCUUUCAUGCGAGGUUUACUAAAUCUCCCAAGUUCUUAUCUAGAAAAGUUAGAAUUCCUCGAUAUGAUUGAGAAGUCCAAGAUGAAGCAUGACGUUGUCUUAAUCGAUCAAUAUUGUGAUGAAUGCUCAGUUCUCUUCAAUGGCAGAAAAACAGUCGACGUACAUUUGAUGGCGAAUCAUUAUUUAAGUCGUCAUCCUUACACACCCAAAAAGAAAACUAAGAAGAAAGGAAAAAAUCUUUCAAAUUUUAAUGAUUCAGCAUAA